AUUCAGAAGCAUAAAAUAAUAAUUGUUCAAGUUCACUACAAAUAAUAAUCCUUAUUGAAAUUGGAAAAAAGGCUAAAAGCCCGCAAAGAGCCUUCAAAGGGCAAGGCAUUCAUUCAUUCAUGUUGUUGCAUAAUGUUUUCAAAAUAAAUAUUUAGUUUUGCUGAAUCUCAGUGAAAGCAGUACUGUGCCGUUUGUGUACGGAGGGUUCCCACUUAACUCCACAAAAUUUGAAGCACAUCAUCAGUAUGCAAGACAGCAAGAUGAAGUUCACUCUUUCAAUUGCUCUCAUUUACUCCAUUUGGUACAAAAGUGUUCAAACACAAGGAGUCAGGAGUUUUGAGGGAGGAGGUGAUGGCCCGUCUCCAGCAAGCUGUUGUUUAUCUGUGUCAAACACAAAAAUACCAAUAGUAAACCUUUUGGAUUAUUAUGUGCAAGACACAAGUCUGUGUCCCAUCAGAGCUAUACGGUUCCGCACCAGGAAAAAUAAAACAAUCUGUUCAGAUCCUGAAGAUAAAUGGGCCAAGAAAGCAAUGAUAGAACUGAAUGCAAAACGUGCAAUUGAACCUUCCAAAGAACCUGUUGAGUGCCAAACAUCUCAAUCAAAACCGAUCCCAACACCACUGACCACUUUUAUAUCCAAAGCAAAUGACAACAGCGUAGCAGUCACUGCAGUGAUGAUCACAACUUCACCCACAAAGAGGAUAAAACAACUGCCAAAGAGAAGGAGAGGAAAAAGCGGGAAAGGAAAAUCGCUGAGAAGAUAUCAGUACCGAUUGAGGAAAUACAAAAAAAAUGUUGAUUAAAAAUAGAUCAAAAUAAAUACCCCUGUUCCUAUUUUGUGUCAGGUCGCCUUAAAAAUCUUUCUGUUUGAAAAGUCUGAGGAGCUAUUUAGCAGCUGUUGUGUAUGUUUCACAGACAGAUUAUUUGACAAUUCUUUAUUUGUGCUCUGCUAGUAAUGAUUAUUUUAAUUCAUUUGCCUUGAUGUUUCAUUUGCAGAUUUGAAUUUUGAUUUACAAACAUGCAUACAUUUUUACAUAUUCAUUAUUUACAUUAGUUUGGUUGUGCAAUAAAUGAAUGAGUGAAA